AACAGGGCAGGUGGCAACGGCCAACGGCUGAGGAGGAGGAAAGAUCCAGCUUUUACCACAGCAGCCACUCAGACAGAGCUGCAGCACUAGAGGGAGGGACCUGAGCAGAAGAACAACUGCAUCCACUGGGAUCUUUCAAGUCAAACUACUUUUUAAAAUGUAUUCCCUUAUAGAAAGGGAGUGAAUAGAACCAGGCUGAGUGAAAGACAAAAGGAUUUCCUGGCAUCUUUAUAAUUAUCAGAUAACCCAGAAACGAUCAGUCAAAAAGUCGCCUGGACAAAGAGGAAGCGUUACAUUUCCAAAGAUGGAAGAAAGCACUCCACAGGUGUGGCACAUGCAAAUUCCCAGACAGGAAGUUCCAGGAGAGCUGCAGAAGAAGCUAUCAGUGGCCAGCCAGCCGGAGUGCUCCAUCUGCUACAACACCUAUGAUAAUGUCUUUAAAACACCCAAGCAGCUGGAGUGCACGCACACUUUUUGCCUGGAGUGCCUUUCCCGACUUAUGGUUGUGACACUGAACGACCAGGAGGGGAGCAGCAGCACGCGCCUCUCUUGCCCCUUCUGUCGACACCCCACCAUGUUGCCUGAGGACGGUCCCCCUGCUUUGGCCACCAGCCAGGAAGUCCUCUGCAAACUCCCCAGCCACCAACAGCAUGAGGAGCCUGUGUGGUUGGAGGGGGAGAAGCUGUGCUACAAGAGCUCCAGACAGGACGCCAUCUCAGGGGCCCCUGAUAGUCCCACAGGCUUCUGCAUCUGCAUUGACAUUGGGGCCAGUAAGUCAGUGGAUCCUCCAGUCCAGACAAGGCCCAGGAGAUCUGGUCUGAUGGGGAGACUGGCAGACUGGAAGAGGAUGGUGCUCUUCAUUGUGCUCAUGGUGCUACUGGUUAUAGUGGUGCUAUGGCCUCUGCAGUGCGUUUUCACCACUGGAAACAUGCGCUGUAUGAGAAAUGGACCCCACAUCAGCACAACCGCAACCACGACCACCACGUUUCGCCCACUUAUCAGCAGAUCUGGUCUAAAAGGCUAAAUGUCGUAACUUGAAGGACUACACAGUAGAUGUUGACUAUAAAGACACUUUAGAAGUUUAUCAAAAAUAUUCUUGACACUUUUUAAUGAUGAACUGCACUUUGGAUAAGUGCGUUAUUGCAUCUUGUGAUGGACAGGCAACAGGGCAGCUGUCGAAGCCUGACGUAGGCAGGCGCCGCCCCACUGAAGGGCUCAGACAGGCGUAGAGGAUGGUUUGAUUGAUGGAUCAAUCAAAGGUCACCAAACUUCACAUAACCUCAGAAAUUAAAGCUCCUACUACCAACUUUUCUAUACCAACAUAUCAAGUUAAACUCAUCUGCACUAUUCUCCGAGGCAAAGAAAAAGCUCUGGUAGUAGGAAAUUUGCACUUGAAUCCAAGCUUUUAUUCUGAAAUCAGUUUAAAUGACAUCCUGUAACAAGUUUCCUGUCUUCAGCAGACAGUUGUUGCUUCACUGUCUACUAAUGGAGACUUUCGUCACGUCAUUAUGAGAAUUAUUUUUUCACAGAGAGCGAAUGAAUGGGAUCCAGAUGUGCCAAUGAAAAACUGAGUAUACUGUAACAUUGAUUGUGCCUUUUUUGAUAUGUCUUUGUUUACAAAACCAGAAUUAAAACUGAAGUAUUACACUUGUUUGUGUCUUAACUUUUUUAAAUGCUAGAAAAAAAUAAAAAAAUCAUACUUUUAUCAAUUAUCAUUAACUUUGAGAGCACUAUGACAUUUGGUAAACAGUAAAUCUUCUGUGUUUUAUAGCAACAAGCUCAUUUUCCUCCUGCAUCGACCUUUAACCUCUGACUAAGAGUGUCCGCUAUUCCUUUGCUUUGCCAGGAAGCCGUCCCUCCUUCAUUUCCUCGAGGAGGUGCGUCACAAAGAGGAAAAGUUGGCCUCUGGGUUUUCCCAAUUUGCUCGGCUAUUAUAUAUACAGUUGCUAAGACUUAGCCGAGAUUUACGCUUUUAUCUCAAAGUGGACCAUAAAUGUCUAACUUCCUUAAAGGACCUUUUGAUCUGCCAGGAAAACUGGUUAAAUAUUAAACCGGGGUGAAUGAAAAUAUGGCAACGCUUCCAGGCGGGGAGUU